UCGGCGCGCACGGUUUCGGAGUGGGUGUUUCUCUGUCGCGGGCUAAAAUCGCCGAUUGCAAUCGAGGUCUCGCUGGAAGUACGAAGGGCGCGCGCAUUCGGGUGCGUACACGCGCUGACCGCGACGACUGCGGAGUGAAACGAUCGUGGUCGGCGAGGUCGGCGGCGACCGGGGAGACCGAUGAGAGCCGAUCCUUCGUGUAGCUUGCUAUACCGCGUGAUCGGUACUACCACGUCGCCGAGGCACUAUUGACGUGAAAGUCAAGCCUUCGAAGGAUGCGACGGAAGCCGUCGACGGAGGAAACCGACGACGGAACUGCUGCGACCGGUCGUGAGCGUGAGCGAACUGCACGAGCGAGCGUUUCAUUGAAAACGCCGAGACAAAAACGGAGAAUGUGAUGAGAGCCGAUCGAACGAGAAUGUGAACGGAGGAAAUUGUCGGCGCGAAAGUUCCGCGAAACUUUACGACGACGGUCGUGCCCCUGCUCGCGGCGGUGUUUUCGAUCGGCACGACACGUGCCGAUUCGUCGUCGGGGAGCCCGAAUCGAUCGUGCGGUAUUUGCGGCAGACGCUGUGUCAAUGACGCAAGACUGAGCCCGAGAUCGUCGCGCGAGAGUGUGUGCCCGAGAGAGCAUCGUGUGUGCCGCGAACUUUCUCUCUCCGAAUAGUGCUCCGAACUGAAAUUCGGAAAUCUUUCGCAGCCGCAGGCACAAUGUGAACUCAUGAACGAACGAACGAAUCCUUCGUCGAGCUUCGUCCACGGACUCGUCGCGAUCACGUGAGAGACUCCGAGCACCCCUGUCAGCCUGAGUGGAGUUAGGUCAAUUUGCAGCUCAUGUUCCACGCAUAAUUAUGACAGAGCGGUCGUAUCGAUUUCUUCAACGAGAAGUGCGAUGACCGUCGGAAAUUCUGGCAGGCAACAACGUCCGAUCGAGGAAAGAUGAACGAGAUGGAGCAAAUUCCUGAGGGAGGCUGAGACCGCGCGGAUCCUCGAGAUGACCAGUCGGAGGAUGCGGCCGACCGCCUGGGUGUUCGGCGUCAUCGCCAUUGUCUCCGUCAUGAUCACCGUCACUGCGUCAGAAACGGAGGAGAGCGGCGUCAUCGAGCGUAACGUCAAUCGCCUCGACGAGGAGGACUGGCGGGUCGACGAGAGGAUCGCCGCGAAGAAUCGCAGUAUCGAGAGCGCUUGGCUCCACGACAACGACAACGACGACGACGACGACGACGACGACGACGUCGACAGCAACAACGACACAACGCUCCUCGAAGACACGAUUCCCGCAUUCGCGAUCCGCCAAGACGACGAGCACCGCGUGGCCGGCGACAAGCCGCAAUGGGAUGAAGCCGUCUCGCGACUCCGGCUCGUGGCUAGUCAGACGAGGUUGCUGAAGAACACGUCGCGCGAAGGAGAUGCGAUAGAAUACACCACCUCCAAGGACUCGUCCUCGCUCGUCAGCGUGACAGAGACUCGCUCGGAAAACGCGUCCAAGAGGCUCGCGGACGAGCAGCCGAUGCCCGCCUCGAGGAAGAUCGAAGACUCGGAACAAGCGGAGGAAGCGUUGGCGAUUCUGGAGCACGAGGAUACGCGGGGUGCGAAUGAGUCCGCGGUGGAGAAAUCCAAGAACGACUGGCCGACGGUGUCGAUAGAGAGGAAGGAGCAAGACGAAGGAGAGGACGAUGGUGAAGAGGAGAAUGUGACGGAGUCGAGACUCGGCGGUCAGAGGAAUAUGGAGGAUAUCAGGGCUAUUUCGUUCCAAGUGCCGCCGUUGGAGGAAGGGGCUCAGCCCCGGGAUGAGCAGGGUAAGAGAGGCGUUGGAUGGGCCAAGGACGAGAAAAGCAACGGAGAGGGGAAGAAAAGUCAGUCGAGGCCGGCAAACAACCUGCUGCUGAGUGGCAAGUCGACCAAGGCCUUCUACGAAAUCAAACCGUCGAUCAGGACCGAGAUGGACCAUGGUCAUGAACAGCACUUCCACGCGACCACCCACCGGCCCCUGUCGGGCAGGAAGUUCGUCCUGCCGAACGUGGACAGCGCUUACGGCAAGUUCGGGCCGUACUUCGAGGACGGCGAUCGAGAACUCAACAUCACCGCGAGGAUCGGCAGCACCGUCUUGUUGGACUGCAAGAUCGGCAUGCUGAGCGACAAGCAGGUGACGUGGCUGCAGCACAACAAAGACUCCUUUCGGCUGCUGACGGUCGGCAGGAUACCGUACAGCGUCGACCAAAGGAUCAGUCUCAAUUUUCGGUACCCGAGCAACUGGAGGCUGCAGAUUCUGUACGCGAGCCCGCGCGACUCCGGCUUGUACAAAUGCCAGGUCGCCACGCAUCCGCCGCUGGUGAAAAAAAUCAACGUCGUCGUCACGGCCCCAGCUCUGACGAUCAGCGACGAUUCCGGGCGUAUAGUUUCCAAGGAGAGACACCUGAAGGCCGGCAGCGUCCUCAGGCUCAGGUGCGAAGCGAGGGACGUGCUCGAGUCGCUGAACGAAUCUGUCGUUUGGACUAGAGGAGACGAGACGCUCACCGAGGACGUCAGCGAGAACAGGACGACGGAGAUCUCAGCGGGCAAGGAGGUCCUCGUGAUUGUCAGUACCCUCAUCGUCGAGAGAGCCAGCCCGAGACACGCCGGGAACUACAGCUGCAUGGUGGCCGGCAAAGCCAAGACCACCGUCGCGGUCCACGUCCUCAACGGUGAACUGCCAGCCGCCGUGCACGACGGCAACGGAGUUUCAAGAGCGUUCCUUAAUCUUUGGCUGGUUCACUUGACGAUGAGCUACGUUUUCACCAGAUGACAGUACUAAGAUCGUUGUAACAGCUUCACCCGAUCCGGAUGCAGUUCCAUAGCGUGGAACGUCGUCGCUACAGAUGCAGUCGCUACAGAGACGAACGCAAAACGCGCACGGACGCGCCGGAUCGCUCGCUUGGAUUGCGCUGACUCGAUUCGCGGCGAAUGUCCGACGACGACAGCGCCGUCUGAAAUCGUGAUCUGAUCUCGUUCUGAGUGCUAGCGAGAGAUCGGACAAUUUUCGCGGCCUCGUGAGGUUUGGCAGUGCGUGAUACGCGUUUCUUGCGCGAGAAUCCGCAUGCACGCGCAGAAAAUCGAGAACUCUCCGAUUGCGACAGAUUCCGUCGAGAGAAAAAAUCGAGAUAACGAGUAACAGAAGUCGGACGAGAAAUUGUCGAUGACUCGGGGCGGACGAGCGAUCCUCAUCGGCAGGAAGAUCUACCAAAGUGUGGGCCACUAUGAUAGUGUACAGUUUAAUUUAUUAACUGAUAAGUCGUGAUAAGUCAUGAGGGAGACUCUCGACGAGGACUCGGACGCGUCCCUCGCUCGUCGCUGCCCGAUGGCGAGGAGAAAUCCGCGCGUCGACGAGGCGAGGCGAGGCGGGACGAGACGAGACGAAAUGAGAGGAGAUGAGAAGAGGCGAAUCCCGCUGACGGCGAAGUGAACGACGGCGAUGCGAAACGGAGUACGCUUCUUCGAGAUGACUUUGUCCGCGAUACACGUCGUGCUUACGAACGUCGCAAUCCGAAGUAACGGGCCUGUUGUCCGAGCGAAUCUUCAUGCUCGUAACAGUCACGAUGUAAUAUAUUUAUCCUCCAACGUGUAACCGUAACGGAUUCCUAUUUCGUUCGCGUAUCUUGUUCCAGCGAUAUGGAGCAUGCGAUCGAAACGCUCGUCUCUACAUUUUAGACUCUAAUGACAUUAACCUCUUCAGGAACUUGUUCGUUAAAAUCAGAAGAGAAUUACUGAAUUUGAAAGUGACAUCUAACACAAACGUAGGACGAGAUUUCUUUUUUUCUUGUUGAGGAAUUUUACGGCAAUAGGUAGAGCCCGAAGAACGACUCCAAAGGGAUGUCCGAACUGAUGCGGCUGCAUACGGUGUCCCAGAAGUACGCAAAGUUUGCGGUAUACGACGCUCGCGAUCGAUAGAUGAGGCCGAAAUAGAGAGAUUAUAGCGGGAAAAAUGAUCGCUCGUUUCAUAAUUACUUUAUUACGUAUCCUGUAUAUAAUCAUCUUAUAAUCGAUUCCAUUUAUUCC